AUGGGCUACAGCUGCUUUGUCUUCAGUGCUUUUGUUAUGCUUCUUGUUGCUUCCUCCCAUGGUGCUCGAGUUGGUUUAUUUAAUAACGAUGUGAAUCAUGGGGAGACUUUUAUCAGUUGGGAUGACAUGAAAGUGGAUGAACAUAAACUAGCAAGGGUGAGUUCAAGAGUUGAUUAUAAUCAAAGUCGUAUUAUCGUGGUUGAUAAGAAUGGUGGAGGAGAUUCUGUCACGGUUCAAGGAGCAAUAGAUAUGGUGCCUGAAGGAAAUAAACAAAGAGUGAAGAUUUAUAUUCUUCCAGGAAUUUACAGGGAGAAAGUAAUUGUCCCAAGAUGCAAGCCAUACAUAUCAUUCAUCGGGAACGAAGGACUGAUGUCUAACACCAUAAUUUCUUGGAACGACAAAGCUUCUGAUAAAGAUAGCAAUGGCUGCGAGCUUGGAACUUACAAAUCAGCAACUGUCACCAUAGAAUCCGAUUACUUUUGUGCAACCGAUAUCACAUUUGAGAACACGGUUGUUGCAGCUCCUGGCGAAUAUGGAAUGCAAGCUGUGGCCCUCAGGAUUUCUGGUGACAAAGCAAUGUUCUACAAGGUCAAGGUUGUCGGGUCACAGGACACACUCCUGGAUGAAACUGGAUCACACUACUUCUAUAAGUGUCACAUUCAAGGCAGUGUCGACUUCAUCUUCGGUAGAUCAAGAUCACUCUAUCAGGAUUGUGUGCUUCAGUCCACUGCCAAAAGGUAUGGAGCGAUUGCAGCUCACCAUAGGGAUUCACCGAAUGAUAAUACAGGGUUUUCAUUUGUAAACUGCAUAAUCAGUGGAACUGGAAAAAUUUACCUGGGAAGAGCUUGGGGAAACUAUUCCAGAGCUAUCUAUUCCAACUGUUACUUUGACGACAUCAUAACUCCAGCCGGAUGGAGUGACUGGAACUACCCUGUAAGGCAAAAGACUGCAGUGUUUGGGGAAUUCCAGUGCAGGGGAUCAGGAGCAGAUACAAGAGGCAGGGUGCCAUGGUCAAAGAAACUCAGCUAUCAAGAAGCAAAACCAUUCCUGGACAUGAAAUUCAUAGAUGGAGAACAAUGGCUGAGAUUAUAACCAUUUUCCACGACUCAUUCCACUCUCAUCUUCAU